AUGACCAAUGUAAAGCGUUUCAGCCUAUCUCAUCUGUUUGAUUGAAAAGAUUGUAUCUGGGAUGUUUUACACGCUUACUCGAUUACUGUUUUUUCUAUUCGUGUAUUCAUACUGUGCAGCUGAAAAGAUUGACGAUUCUAUUCACUAUUUUUUAUCGUUCACCCACGACCAGUCAAAAAAAUACAGGUUUUUUUCAAGGCAUCAUAUUUAAAAAUUCUAUAGUUCUUUUUAUAUAUAUUAUUUUUUUCUACUUUAAAGAAAUAUUUAAAAAAAGAAGAUUCUGUUAGAUAAUGUUAUGUGAAAACCGUAAAAAUCAAUUUAGAAAUUUAGUUACAAUUGUUUUUUUCUUUUUUUAAGGGCUCUUUCGAACUGGAAGACGAUGCCAAUGACGAUUACGUACGCAUCACAACCAAGAACAACGAAAGAUUUUAUUGCAAAAUACCUCAGUUUGUAGAAGAGGUUUCCUCUCAUUUUCAAAUCAAAUUUAUAAGAUAAUCGCAGGAUUCUCAUAAGAUAGAGAACUACAACGGCCCUUCUCCGCAAGAGAUUUUGGAUCCUCUGUACAAAAGAAGUGGCUGUUCUUACUUAGUAGAUGCUUAUUGGAAUUAUGAGGUGAUUUUGUGUGAUUUUUGUAUGAUAUUUUGCUCUUAUUUAGGUUUGCCAUGGACGCUACGUUAUACAAUACCACGAUGAGAAACAUCUGGGAUCCGUGUAUCGAACAGAGUAUUACCUAGGGAACCACCAAGGGGAAAAUGCUCUAGAGGUUUGCGAACUUCCUAGAUUGUCCAAUGCGAAUAGCACAGGCAGAGAAGAAACACGAGUCUUUGCGUCCUCCCUCGAAACGGAUUGAAACGGAAGACUACCCUUAUUACUCCGUUUCCUAUACGCGCGGAACUCAAUGCGACAUAACUCAGAAGCCCCGUUCCUGCGACGUUCUGUACAUUUGCGUAGAAGUGAGCAACGUCUGUAAGGACAGAUUUUUCAACAAUCUUUGCAGAAUGUGAUGCAGCCUAAAAUUUUGUCUGUGACAGAAGUUUCUUCUUGCCACUACGAGGUUGCGUGAUCAUUUUCUUUUUCUAAAUCCAAGAUAAUGAAUUAAGAUCAUAAUAAUGUCGGCUUUGAUUUGCGAUCAUCCUGCAUAUCGACUGAAAACGUCGAAAGAUCAGGAAAUCAUUUGCGUGAACUUAGAUGCUGAAAACGAAGAAGCAGCAAAGCCGCGGUCGCUUCAACGCUUGGACGAUUUUCACGAUACCACUUUCAAGAGGGUUUUUUUUUCAUGGCACUUUGAAAGGUGAACUAAAUUUGAUAAUGAAGGAAUACUCGAUCACACACGAGGACUUCCGAAAAGACGAAGAAUUACUGGAAGAAAGUGAAUACGAGAAUCUUAAGAAGUAUUCGAAGCGAUCUGCAAGUGCUGGAAAGUAUAAACUUGCAGGGAAAAAACGGUUCGAGUUGUUUUUUUCUAUUUUUUUUUCUAUUUCUUGUUUCUAGAUUUACUAGUAAAGAUACUCUGGCCAACAACAAGGUUGUAGUGGAUCAUACAGUAAAUAGCAUCUUCACGGGGUUCGAAUGUAUUGUUGGUGGUGAAGGCUGGUGGAAGUACGAGUUCUGCUACGGAAAACAGGUUUUUCAUGCUUCGAGUCUUUUUUAUACCGCAUUUGUAAAGUGAAUUCCGCCAAAUUCAAAAUUAUUUUACAAGGGAGGUCAUUUCAUUUUGCGGUUGGGAAUUUUCGGAAAAUUGGCCAGAACCCUUUUUGAUGUACCAGAUGAAGAAUCGGAAAGUUUCAACCUGCACAACAUCCUUGUUUUCGGGAGAGACGCCUCAAAGUCGAAGAAAACCCUCAAAACCCAAAGUACUAGGAUAUUUUAAGACUUAAGGCUGUUUUGAAUUUCGCGAGAUCACUAUUAAUUUUUGCUGUAGGUCAUACAAUAUCACCAAGAGCUGAACGGACACCGCGACGAAAUUAUUCUAGGAGUCUUCGAUGAAAAAAUGCAUAAGUUGUGGGUCGACGAAUCGCCAAAGACUCGUGGACCUCAAAAGGUUUUUUCCUCUAUAUAAAAUGGCUUUUGUUUAAAAAAAUUUUCAGGUUGACAAUCAUGUAGCCCAAGUUUCUCAUUUCUACUCGAAAGGAGAUUUGUGCGAAGAAGCGGGAGGUCAUAGGUGAACUUUUCUUUUCUUCAGUUUCAACAGAUAAAAGUUAUUUUCUCAGAAGCAUAGAAGUCCGACUACGCUGUCACCACUCUGAAUACAGCUCUCUUUCCAUUUCUCUAGCUUUGACAGAACCCAAGACAUGUCAAUAUGUCCUCACCAUCGAUAGUGAACGGUACAUAAAUUUCAUUCUUCUGUUUUAUUAACUUCUUUCGUUUUUAGGUUUUGCGAGCCUCUGCAGUACUCUGACGAUUACGGGUUAAUAAAACUGAAAAAGGUUUCCCCCGAAAACAGCGAAGAUGAUGUAGACGAAGAAGAUGAAGAAAGUCUAUCCUCGUUGUAG